AUGGGAAAUAUGCCACUUACACAAUCUAAAGCAGCACCAAGGCUUUACUCAUAUGCUCCUGAUAAAAUGCCGGAUACGCCCGGCUUCUACACCAUCGCUGUGAAAAUUCAAUCUCAGGAUAAGCGUCUCAUUGGUUUGACUGGUUCGAGCGUACUUGUAAAACUGCCCAAUGAGGUCACAGUCGAAGAUCUAAAACUAGUAGCACUCGAGAAAGGGACGGACGUCCGUCAGCGCGUAAUCUCGCAUAGGGUCACGAUGGUUGGUAGCGGUUGCUGGCAGCAGCCGCCCGUCUAG